GGCACAAUGCAUGCAUUGGGGCACAAUGGAAUGUGGCACAAUGCAUGCAUUGGGGCACAGUGCAAUGUGACAAUGCAAUGUAUGCGGCACAAUGCAAGGUGACACUAUACAUUGUGGCACAAUGGAAGGUGGCACAAUGGAAUGUGGCACAAUGCAUUGGGGCACAGUGCAAUAGUGAAAAUGCAAUGUAGGCGUCACAAUGCAAGGUGACACUAUACAUUGUGGCACAAUGGAAUGCGGCACAAUGCAAGGUGGCACAAUGGAAUGUGGCACAAUGCAUUGGGGCACAAUGGAAUGUGGCACAAUGCAUGCAUUGGGGCACAAUGGAAUGUGGCACAAUGCAUGCAUUGGGGCACAAUGGAAUGUGGCACAAUGCAUCCAUUGGGGCACAGUGCAAUGUGACAAUGCAAUGUAUGCGGCACAAUGCAAGGUGGCACAAUGCAUUGUGGAACAAUGGAAUGUGGCACAAUGGAAUGUGACAGCGACAUUUAACGAUGUUGCUUUUAAUAUGAAUUUAUGUAGAAGUCACACUGCUUUGUAAAAAAAAAACAUUUAUUAUUAAAGGGUUUGUCUGUGAAUCGGUAGUUUUAUUAUCUCUGUGACCGUUCACCUGCCAACUAUAAAAAAAUAAACCCACACACACGGUAAUCGGAGAACAUUUCUUAAAACAAGAUUAAUUCCCAUCUGGCCCCGUGAUGAUGGCAAUGUGCAGUCUCCGACUCCGUAUUAUCUAUUUGGGCUAUGUGCUAUAAAGAAGGGCCGUUGCCCGAAACGUCGCCGAUUAUAUACAUAUUUAUUUUAAUCCUUUGAAGGCCUUUUAAGUGGUGUUUUUUUGACGAAUGUGUUCAGCUUGUUUUGUUCUUCGAUGCAAUUGACAUUCGCCUUGUCCCGCAUCUCGUCGCUCUGCUGCGUGGUCGCUGCUGCUGUUGCUGCGUUGGAGAGACCCGCACGUUGGUGGUGAAAUUCACUCAAGACGCGAGAUGGCGUCUCGCGUCGAAUUACCAUUCAUCAAACAAGAGAACGAAGACAAUUUGAGUGCUGGGCUGUGUUCGGAUUUGACGGUGAAAUAUGAAGACGCCGAUGCCGUUCGGGAUAUGAAUAUUGUUAAAGAUGAAGGGGUUGGUGAGAGGUCAGAGGGGACGGAGAAUUGCCACGGAGGGUGUCUGGCCACUGCAGACAAGAACUUCAUCGAGGUGGAAUUGUUGGAGGAGGACAUUGGUCAAGAUGACGGGCGCCCGACGGGACUGCUCUGCACAGAGUGCGGGAAGCAGUUUUGCGCGCAGCUAGGAACGCCGACGGCGGACGAAGCAAAACGCGUCAGGCGGGCGCUCCGAGGCUGCGCGCAGUGCGCAAAGACGCUCCAGGCCUGCGCGUCGAGCGACCGGAGGAAAAAACGACGAACCGGAGAAAAGCUGUGCACGGUCGCGACGUGCGACGAGGAUUCUGCUAUGGUGGAUCAGCCGGGAGGCAGUUACGCGGCGGAUGCUGUUGGCAGGAAGCCGCACGUUUGCAAGGAGUGCGGAAAGGGGUUUUCAAAGCUUUCCGUCUUGGCGAAGCAUUCCAGGACGCACACGGGCGAGAAGCCGCAUGUCUGCGCAGAGUGCGGGAUGGGGUUUUCGCAACGUUUCCACUUGGGGAGACAUUCUAGGACGCACACGGGCGAGAAGCCCCACGUGUGCUCGGAGUGCGGGAAGGGGUUUUCUCAGCGUUCCAAUUUGGAGACACACUCUAGAACGCACACCGGUCAGAAGCCACAUUUGUGCACGGUGUGCGGCAAGGGAUUUUCACAUUGUUCCACUUUAAAGAAACAUUCUAGAACGCACACUGGCGAGAAGCCGCACGUGUGCAAGGAGUGCGGGAAAGGAUUUACGCAGCGUUGCACUUUAAUUACCCACUCUAGAACGCACACCGGCGAGAAGCCGUACGCGUGCAAGGAGUGUGGGAAGAGGUUUACGCAGCAUUUCAAUCUAGAGAUUCAUUCUAGAACGCACACGGGUGAGAAACCGCACGUGUGCAAGGAGUGCGGGAAGGGGUUUACAGCACGCACCGAUUUAAAUAAACAUUCUAGAACACACACCGGCGUGAAGCCACACAUGUGCACAGAGUGCGGGGAGAGGUUUGCAAAGCCAUCCACUUUAGAGGCACAUUCCAGAACUCACACCGGCGAGAAACCAUACAUGUGCGAUGAGUGCGGAAAAAGGUUCGCACAGCGCUACAAUUUAGAUAUGCAUUCUAGGACGCACACGGGCGAGAAGCCAUACUUGUGCAAAGAGUGUGGGAAGAGGUUUUCACAGCGUUCCACUUUAGACACACAUUCUAGAACGCACACGGGCGAGAAGCCUUACAUGUGCGUGGAGUGUGGGAAGAGGUUUACGCAGCGCUACAAUUUGGAGAUGCACUCUAGAACACACACAGGCGAGAAGCCGCACCUGUGCAAGGAGUGUGGGAAGGGGUUCUCGCAGCGCUCCACUUUAGAGAAACAUUCUGUAACGCACACCGGUAGGAAGCCUUACAUGUGCGUGGAGUGCGGGAAGAGGUUUACGCAGCGCUACAAUUUAGAGAUGCAUUCUAGAACGCACACGGGCGAAAAGCCACACGUAUGCGAGGAGUGUGGGAAGGGUUUUGCACAGCGUUCCACUUUGGAGAAACAUUCUAUAACGCAUACCGGCGAGAGACCACACUUAUGCAAGGGGUGUGGGAAGGGGUUUACAACGCGUGCUUAUUUAAAUAAGCAUUCUAGAAUGCACUCUGCUGAGAAGCUGGUCAUCUGAAAGAGCAGUGUGGGAAUAUGGGUUCACGCAAUGUUGCAAUUUUAGAGUGCCAGCCCUCGCACGAACCUCGAUGUCAAAAUUAACACUGCUCUUCGUAUCAUCAAUGGCACCCUGAGGUUCGCUUAACUCCCGUGGCUUCCUGUGCUGCCGAACAUCGCUCCUCAUUGCAUCAGGGCCAUUUGAAUUUUACCAACAGAUUUUCGUCAGUUGAGACCAUACGUAGCAAUCAUUGACCCUGACUGGCAGACCAAUGCCUCGAGUCGCUUUCGCAAUUGAAACGUAUCCUGGUAUCUUGCGUUCUCACCCGGUUAAGCAAAAUAGAGUGGUCCCUCGGUUAAAACGUUUUUAAUCCGUUCCAUGAAAACUACUGUUAACCGAUAACUGUUUAUCAAAUAUAGAAAUUACACGUUAAAAGUACAAAUCACCGAGUUUGCAAGAGGAGCUGUUUCCAUUACCAAAACAGAAAAUGUGUAAUGUAAACAAAGCUAGUCGAGGUCUAAACGGCUCAGUAAUUGGCAUCACUGAUUGGCUGAGGGCAUUGCUCAGUCCCACUUACUAGCGCUCGGAUUGGCCGAAAAUUGGCGCCCGCGUGCAUAACGUAAAUGUACCGUUAGUCAACAUUUUAAAGUUAGUUGAAACCGUGGGGUUCCUAUGGCAGGUGAAAUAUUAACGAAAAAAACGUUAACUGAUGUCACUGUUAACCGAGGGACUACUAUAAACUUGAAACUAGUCGAUUGGAUGGGUGAUCACCAUUCAUUGACAGGCUGUCAUCAGGCUCUGGGGCUGCAAGGUAACACAGGGCAGGCCAGCAUAAUCUAUUGGUGUACUGUACUUAUAUGUCCCCCGCAUCUAUGCUCCUUGCCCAUUUACCUGCACUAGCCAUCGUUGGUGAAAUAUGGUCAAACAAACCCCUCGUCUGAUAGACAACGUGGGGGUGCUCUCAUCAACCAGUGGACUGACAAAAAGGGUCUGUGCAUGCCUUUGUUUUAACAUCUCUGGGUCUUCAAAUCCGGUCCUGAGCAUUCCAGUUUUAUAUAGUAGUAGAUGUUCCUUGGAAUACGUACGUCAUUUGUUUCAAUUCCAUAUUGCUUUUAGAACUGAUGGUAAUUGUCCUUGUUCUGUAGUAUAGCAUCCCUUGUGUGGUAAUCUAUCAAAUGUAUACAGUUCUUUGCUGUACACAGUUAAUUCCUCUAUUGUAUUGAAUUAUUUGAAGGUGGCCUGUUGUUGAGAAUUACUUACUAAACUCUGCUUGUUCUGUUGA